AUGGGUCUCCUCAGCUGGAAGACGAGAAAGGCUGCAUCAGCUGAUGGAGCAGACGCGACAGGCUUAGAGAAGGUAAAGCCUACAUUGCGAAGCAGACCUGCGCUGUCUCGGAAUGCAACGUCUUUGCUGCCAACAGCGGCUGGCGACGAAGAGACUGCUGAGUUUAUGCUUCAACACAUCUACGACAGUUGCGUGCGCAAAGGCCUUGUCAAAAGCGCAAAGGAGAAUAACGACGUCGUGGCGAUGCGCACAUCUACAGUCAUCUGCAGGCCAGCAAACUCAGAGAAGAAGCACGAGACCAGUAUGUUGAUGCUCAGCAAACUGUCAACUGCCGAAAUUGUCGCAGUCUUGUCUUUUGAUUUGCCUGAGCUCAUGCUAGGCCGUCUGUCCCCUAUCGCCAAAUUUGUUUUGCUCGGCGACCAUCAGGUCCCUGUCAUUGAUGACUGCUCGCAAGUUGAUACUGUUCCGAAAUCAAGGGACGCGAGUCGCAUUGCCUUUGUCCGAUCAACGAGAAGUCUUUUGGUCUGGUGUACCGAUGUACGGCAGUUCCUUCCUUUCGUCAGUGAGAUGGAGCAAGAAAUUACCAAGUAUCUAUGGAACCCAGCAAACUCAAAGUUUUCAUUCGCGACAGAUGAGCUCAAGGGCAAGGUUGUGGUGCAAACUGCGGAAGUCGAGCUGCGUUCUCCGAGCGCUAGUGCGGAAGACUUGGAAGCUGCUGAGAUUAUUCCGCGGCGUCACAUCUGGCUGUGGCCCAUCAUUGUCUCUGCUACCUUCUUGGUGUUGGCUGCUUGCGUUGGCACUUUUGCGCGGCAUUUGGUCUUUGAGGUCAUCACUGAUGGCAAGUACCUUCGGCUGGCAUAUGCUCUUUGGAUUCCACUUUUGCUUGUCUUCACCUCGAGCAUGGCCAACAUCAUUGUCGUCGGUGUCUGUAUGGUUCUUGGUCCUAUCUCUCCACUGCGAACAAAUUCACAACACUACUCUGGUGCAAAGCCAGACCGCAACACAGUGCUGCCUUACCUUCCUGAGAUUACCAUUCAAUGCCCGGUAUACAAGGAGUCGCUGGAAGCGGUCUUGAUUCCAACCUUCGACAGUCUGUUUGAGGCCAUCAAGACGUACAAAAGCCAAGGUGGUAAUGCAAAGCUCUUUGUCAACGACGACGGUCUGCAGCUCAUGUCGCCAGGUGAAGCACAGGAGCGCAAGGACUAUUACGCAAAACACAACAUUGGCUGGGUUGCCCGUCCAGGCCACCAAGUUAAUGGCUUCAAUCGCAAGGGAAAGUUCAAGAAGGGUAGUAACAUGAAUUUUGCGCUCCAAUUGUCGACUGCUGUCGAGGAAAAGCUGGAUGGCGUUCGGCGUCACGCACAUUGGAACGACGACUGCGAGACUGAGGCCUACGAAGAUUGUCUCGAACAAGCUUUGGCAGAGUCAAAUGGACUUGCGUGGGCUGAAGGAGACAUUCGAGUUGGUGACUUGAUUCUCAUCAUUGACUCUGACACGCGUGUGCCGACAGACUGUUUCCUCGAUGCUGCGAUCGAAUUUCACGAAUCGCAAGAGCUGGCCAUCCUGCAGUACACCUCCAGCGUAUUACAAGUCUCCAAGAACUACUGGGAGAACGCAUGGGCUUUCUUCACUCGCAUGAUUUACUUCCAUGUCACUUACCUCGUUGCAUCCGGUGAUCAGCCACCUUUCUUUGGCCACAACGCUUUCCUUCGCUGGUCCGCUCUGCAAGAGAUCUCCUUCAUGGAUGGUGCAGACAUCAAGUGGUGGUCUGAUGAGCACGUAUCGGAGGACUUUGAAAUGGCCUUGAAGUUGCAGACUGUGGGUUUUACUACCCGCCUUGCUUCUUACCACGACAGGAGCGAUGAUUUCAAAGAAGGUGUGUGCCUGACAGUGUCGUCCGAAGUGCUUCGUUGGCAAAAGUACUCCUUUGGCAUUUCCGAGAUUGUUUUCCACCCUAUCAAGGACUGGUUCCGCAGAGGCCCAUUCACGCCACUCUUCAAGAAGCUUCUCUGGACAGAUUCGAUGUCUCUUUAUGUUAAGUUUUCCAUUUUGGCAUACAUGUCUUCUUACUAUGCUAUCGCUGCCUCUUGGAUUCUGUCUCUCGUCAACUACUUCGUCAUGGGCUGGUUCCCUUUCUACAUCGACAAAGCUUAUCUCAGCUUCUUCAGUAUCCUGGUUGCUUGUCUCGUCAUCUUCCCACUCAAAGACGGUGUUGUCAAUGCCAUCGGCCGUUUCAGACGCCAGGAAGCUGGCAUCUUUUCUUGCCUUGUUGAGCAUUUGACUUGGACACCGCUGAUUCUUGUCUUCUUCAGUGGUCUGAGCAUGCACGUCUCCUGGGCUCUGAUCUGUCAUAUGUUCAGUCUGCCAAUGUCUUGGACAUCCACAGACAAGACCCUUCAGGCGAGUUCAUUCUACCAGGAGCUACCCAAGAUCUGGAAGCAGUUCAAGUAUACCUACUUCUACGGUGUCUUCUGGAUGGUAGCAAUGAUCAUUGGUGCGACUCUUGUACCGUCAGACUGGCGCAUCACAGACUUGCAAGCAGUGUUUCCGUUGGCGUGGUCUAUUGGCUUCCACAUGCUUGUGCCCUUUGCGCUCAACCCGCAAUCGUACUUGUCGGAGUCAAGCUAG